AUGGCGGCUUCCUUUCCCGCAAAUACAACCUCAUAUCCUUCCUCUUCCUCCGAAGAUUCUGAAGAAGACCGUCCCAAAAACCCACCUGUCGUUGGAAACAAGGCGUGUCCCCCAGAACCUUCGCCAAACCCUUCGUCCGCCUUCACCGAGUCCGGAACACAGAGGGCAAAGAAACAAAAAAAGAAGAGAGCUUUUUCAUCGAAAUCUAGACCUGGAGCCAGGAGCUCUACCGAUAGUUUCAGCUCGUCGGAGGUCGGGUCUCCGGUCGAUGACGCUGGACAGCCAAGGUUGGAACACGAUUCAGAAUCUGAAGACCUGGAAAUGAGCGACUAUCCACAUACCGGCGAUGAGGGUGAAUCAUGGGCUCCGAGCCCGGAUAGACGUAAAAGGGGUAAACGUAGAAGACGGGGCGGAUUGAACUUACGUGGUGGUGAUGGGAGUGUCGGUUUGGGUGAUAGGUUGGUUAUGGCAGAUGGGGAACGGCCAGUGAUAAGCGACGAAGAAAAGAAGCUUGCAGAUGGGAAGGUUAUUAAAGAUAUGAGUAUCAACGCGUUGUUUAUUGGUCUUUGGUAUCUGUUUUCACUUUUGAUAUCAAUCUACAACAAAUGGAUGUUCUCACCCGAUUAUCUCGAUUUUCAUUUCCCGCUCUUCACAACCUGUCUCCAUAUGAUAGUCCAAUUUUGUUUAGCUUCACUUGUUCUGUUCAUAUUUCCGCAUUUUCGCCCCAUCGGUUUCUUUGGCAAAACCUCAAUUGAUCAGCGCCCUAGUGAAGGUGGUCGGCUUUCCAUGAACAGCCGUGGUGAGGAACAGCGGAGGCAGAAAGCCGGGAUCAUGACAUUAUGGUUCUAUAUAACUAGAGUCGGCCCAUGCGGGGCAGCUACAGGGCUAGACAUCGGUUUGGGAAACAUGAGCUUAAAGUUCAUAUCUCUUGCAUUUUACACAAUGUGCAAAUCCUCCGUUCUCGGCUUUGUCCUCUUAUUUGCCGUUAUAUUUCGCCUCGAAAAGCUCACUUGGAAGCUUGUCGGUAUUAUUACUGUCAUGACGAUCGGCGUCUUAAUGAUGGUAGCUUCAGAAGCCCAUUUCGUCCCAAUCGGGUUUUUCCUCGUGAUUCUCGCCUCUGCCUUAUCGGGUCUUCGUUGGUCAUUGACACAGAUCUUACUUCUUCGAAAUCCAGCCACCUCAAACCCAUUCUCCAGUAUUUUCUUCUUGGCGCCCAUAAUGUUCGUCUCCAUAUUCCUGAUUGCUGUCCCUGUCGAAGGGUUUGGACCACUUUCGGAAAAACUUCAAGAAUUAGUUGCGCAGGAGGGCGUGUUAAAAGGGUGUGCGAUUCUGUUAUUCCCUGGUGUGAUUGCGUUCUUGAUGGUUAGCAGCGAAUUUGCACUCCUUAAACGCACCUCGGUUGUAACACUUUCAAUCUGUGGUAUCUUUAAGGAAGUAAUGACCAUAUCCGUUGCUGCAAUCGUUUUCAAAGACCCCCUCACACCCGUUAACAUCUCUGGUUUGUUCGUUACUAUCAUGGCUAUCGCUGUCUACAAUUUCAUGAAAAUUAAAAGGAUGAGAGAGGAGGCUCGGGGCGAAACCGCCGCCGCUAUUUCGGGGCCGGGUGCCAGCUCAUAUAUACCUGUAGAUGAGGACGAUGACGAUGAUGCCGUUUCCACAGCUUACGAUCCUGACCUUGAGGGAGAUUCGGUGGCGGGUACGCCUGCUCUUACAAGAGGCGAGACUGAGGGCGAUAGAUUGAUUUAG